GUUUAGUGUUUCAUUCGAGUGCAUCCACAUCAUAAUAAACCAUCAUGUUGAAGUUUGCUUUAGUUCUCACUCUGACAGUAAUCGUUUCGGCCCAGUGGGAAGGUGAAUACGGAGGUCACGAUCACAAGGAUUAUUACGCUUAUCCAAAGUACAAGUUUGAGUACGGUGUUAAGGAUCCCAAAACCGGAGAUAUCAAACAACAAUGGGAACAUCGUGAUGGAGAUGUCGUGAAGGGUCAAUACUCUCUACAUGAACCCGAUGGUACCGAGCGUAUCGUGGAAUACACUUCCGACAAGAUUCAUGGAUUCCAAGCACACGUGAAGCGAGUUGGUCACGCUCACCAUCCACAGGUUUAUGGACACUAUGAGGGAGGAUUUGGAGGAGAAUUUUCAUAUUAGAAACGUGGCUAUGGAUAUACCAGCGGUUAUGCCAAUUUUCAUCGUUCGUGCACCAUUAAUCUCUAUUUCAAACAAUGUCUGUUUUAACUGUGUAUUUAUCUUGAU